AUGGCCGAGCCAACAUAUACUAUUUUCGUCCGGGUCCCCAUGCCCCGUGGUGACUUCGUCGACCCGCCACCGGUAAACUGGGACUCCGUCAAAGAUGAAGCAUUAUGGAAGAUCCUUUCCGGAGCUGCUAAGAAGCAGAUAGACUACAAGGGGACGAAGUGUAGGUGUCGAUCUUAUCACAGUUAUCAUACAGGCAAUACUCAUCUGAGGUGCAGCGCCGAUCGCUUCGAAGUUCCCGUCGAUUUCCUCCUUCAGCAGGUAGCAUACCUUACCGAAAGACAUGCUUCGCAGGUCCGCGCUCAAGUUCGAAAAGCUACCGCCGCCGUUCGUGGCUCAGUGCAAUCGCCAGUUCUAGGCGUCGACUCCGCCGGACCCGGUCAUCAAAGAACACAUUCGGCCAUGUCCAUCCGAAAAGACUCACCCAUGCCGCGCGCCGACGCAGGAAGCGGUACUGGUACUCCUCUCAACGCAUCAAUACGGCCGGUUGUAUCGCGAAAUCAAUCGACAAAUACUACAGUUCUGAGAGAUAUGACCGGAGGCUCAGCUUCCCCUCGACCUGGAACAGGGCUGGCUUCGCGGACCGGCGAGCGACGUCGUCUUUCAUCCUUACCAAUAUCAUCAGUUCCCGCCAAAUCACCAGAUCGAGCAGCUCAGCCGGAGCCAGCGCCAGAUGAACGAAGCCCGUCACCAGGCCCAGCCGAGGACAGUUCACCAACAUCGUCAGAGGACGAGUCUAGCCCCGCUCAAUCUCGCAUCAUUCGUCGACCUCCUCGGUUUCAGCAGCCUGAUGGAGGACAAUAUGAGGAUGACGACGAUGACGAAUCAGAGCCUGCGUUUCAACCAUAUACAUCUCCUUCCAACCAGACUUCGGCACAGGAUCUCGGCUCAACGCUAAGGGGAGAUGGGCGUAGCUCUGGCAAAAGGCAUCACAGGCCUCACGGAAAGUCCGCCAUCCAUCAAUCUCACACAUCUGAUUCUUCAGCCAGCUCUGCGGCCAUGGUACAAAAACCAGACAAGUCAGAUAAAACGACGGAGCAGCGAACGCCCGGACCUCUCUCACCACGCCGAACUGCAGAGUUGGCGGGACGUAGCCCGGGCAAUCAGAGCAAGGGCUACUCCCGCGAAGGUAGCGACGGAACGCCUAGUAUGGGUAGUAGUUAUAGUGAUCUUGACGUCUUAGACGCCUCAGUUACACAAUCUGCAUUAGAGGAGGCAUUGGCCAGUCAUAUGAACAGGGGUGCAGGAAGCCGCUUUAGCAUCAGCCAGGCUUUUCGUAGCCGUUACAAUACUGGCCCCAAUCAGUGA